AUGAAUGGUGGUUCGCCGCUGCGUGACGGCUGUGGCGAUACUGGGCGUCCUUGGCAGUUUUUCUUGGCUGUCCAGCUUGGCAACCGCCUUUGGAACAGACCAGAAGCAGGAAGUGCUGAGGACAACUGGAGUGCACGAUGGAUCCGCGAUGGGAGCCUGCGUAGGAAGACGGGCACCACGGCCAUUCAAAAGUUCUUGAUAGGGAAUGCAGGCUGGCUUUGGGAGGAAUUUGGCUUGAGCGUGGGUUUCCGUGGCUUUGCGAAGGCAACUGCACGUUUCAUUGUGGAGCCACUUCUCUACACCUGUAACCGCGGCGGCGGAGAGCAGCGAGAUACUGUGAAAGAAGAGCGGCUGAAGGAUGGGUUGACAUACUUAUACUCGCAACUGAACUCGUCACGAUUGGUAGUCUUAUCGUCUGAAGACUUCGCCUUCUUUGACGGCAAAGCCUGGCGGUGCUUCAUGUCUCUAUUUGGUGCGAGCACUUGCAUGUCCGCGGUGGUGUUUCACCGGGAGGCUGCUAGCUGGUAUGCCGCAGUGUGGGCAGAGCAGAGCAAGGUUCGAAGCAAGGACUCUGUCAACGGUCGCCAAAAGUUGUGGAACAAGUCACCGCCUUUUGCGGCGAUUGAUGUGGUUCGAUUGGCACGAGACUUUCAUGAAAUCAGGCAGGCGAUGAACAAAAACACUUCUCUGUGCACAGCCUGGAACGAUUCGAAGUUCAACAGAUCUGUUGUGGCCGCACACCCCGAGAAAUUGCUCUCUUCCAUGAAUCCUGCGAUGAUCCAGGCUGCAAAGAACAUCCCAGUGAAGUGUGCAAGAUUGGAUGCUCUGUUCCACAGCGAGAACGAGAAGUGGUUUUCGCGGACAGGGGCGGAGAAGCCCCGAUCUGCUUCCCGAGACAUCUGUAGUGCAGAUGUUGCUGCAUUCAAACCAAGGCACUGGCAAAUGAUCCGUAAGAUUUCGCUGGACUGCUAG